AUGGGAGUCCGGACAUCGAUCACGCCAAUCAACUUGGAAGAGAGACGCUACAUGUGCCAUGAGUGCGGGAAAAGCUUCAAUCGGCGCUCAAACCUUAUCGCACAUCAGAGAAUCCACACUGGGGAGACGCCCUACACGUGCUCUGAGUGCGGGAAAACCUUCAGUCGGAGCUCUCACCUUAUCACACAUCAGAGAAUCCACACAGGGGAGAUGCCCUACACGUGCUCUGAGUGCGGGAAAAGCUUCGGGCAGAGCUCUCACCUUAUCACACAUCAGAGAAUCCACACUGGGGAGACGCCCUACACGUGCUCUGAGUGCGGGAAAAGCUUCAGUCGGAGCUCACACCUUAUCACACAUCAGAGAAUCCACACUGGGGAGACGCCCUACACGUGCUCUGAGUGCGGGAAAAGUUUCAGGCAGAGCUCUCACCUUAUCACACAUCAGAGAAUCCACACAGGGGAGACGCCCUACACGUGCUCUGAGUGCGGGAAAAGCUUCAAUCAGAGCUUUGACCUGAGCGCACACAGGAGAAUCCACACUGGGGAGACGCCCUACACGUGCUCUGAGUGCGGGAAAAGCUUCAGGCGGAGCCCUGACCUUAUCAUACAUCAGAGAAUCCACACAGGGGAGAAGCCCUACACGUGCUCUGAGUGCGGGAAAAGUUUCAGGCAGAGCGCUCACCUUAUCACACAUCAGAGAAUCCACACAGGGGAGAAGCCCUUCAUGUGCUCUGAGUGCGGGAAAAGCUUUGGGUGGAGCUCUCACCUUAUCACACAUCAGAGAAUCCACACAGGGGAGAUGCCCUACACGUGCUCUGAGUGUGGGAAAAGCUUCAAUCAGAGCACUCACCUUAUUAGACAUCACAAAAUCCACAGGAGAGAGAACUGU